AUGGAUAGAAGAUCGAAGAUUUUGCUGCUUCUUGCAGCAGCGUCUUCUGUUGUACAAGGUUUCCUUGCGCCACAUGCGUCCCUCAACAGCGUGGUUCAGCAGUCGCGAGAGAAAAUGAUGGUGGCUGGACCUCUCCAUAUGAAUUUCUUCAAGGACGUGUUGGGAAAAGCAUUUGAGAAUGAUGCGUCUUUGGACACUGACAAGACCAAGGGACAGUAUGACGGUCCUGGAGACGAAAUGGACGACUCUAUGAGUGUUGGUCGGCUCUUUCCUCCGCAAGAACUGACAGAGACACAGAAGCGAUGGCGUGACACUCAACAACAGCCUGGAGGGACCCCCCAGUUGCUGUUGACCAAUUCGCAAUGGAAACUGGAUCUAUUCCUGACGGGGAUCCCUGAUCGAGACCCUAGCAAUGAUCUGUUUGCUUCCAAAGUCAAAAUUUCGACGCGGGACAGAAAAGUUGGGUUAAUGGUUCCUGAAGAACCUACCGUCAGUGACAUUCUCGUGACUCUUUUAGAGGAUGGAGUUUGCCACGUCGUGUCUGAUUCGGAGUUCCUCAACCAAGGAACCAAUGGUGCCUGGAAAGUAUCGGAUGAUGGUCAAAAUGUUCGUAUAUCGUUGGAUGUCAAUGGGUAUCAACGAACAGUGCAAACCAAGGGCAGCAUUCAAAAGAUCUAUUGGAGUCAAGAGGACGAAACUUCCGUGCAAACAUCUACUGCCUAUUCCAUUCCAGCGGGCCCAUUGUUUGGAGAUGCCUCACUGAAAUCGGGUGCUAAAGUCGGAACUCUGCAAUGGACGGAUGGAAUCCUACGAGUGGAACAAUCAGCUGGUUUGCUGGGAGCCGGCAGUAAAAUGGUCCCGUGUGGUCGUUUUGCGGCUGAGCGAGUUGGCACACAACAAACAAGUGGUGUUUUGUAA